UGUAUGGUAUAUGCAGUUAAAAUAUAUUUCGGUUUUCUUUUCAAAGUUGUCAUUUUGCAAUAAUAUCUCGACUCUCGGUGGUUUAAUUAAGCUGAAUUUUAGGUAAAACAUUUCCGUUUAUCAUUAUCGAGAAAACCACUGACAAACUCGUGAAAAUAUUUAAUUUUUUUACUAUGAAAGAACUAAAAAUUUUAAUAAUAUUCCAUUAAGAUAUUUGCAAUUUUGUUAACUUUUACUCAAUUUCUAUUAUAAUAGUUUACCCGAUAACAACAAGCUUACAGAAAUUUUUUAUCUAAAAUUCAGCUUAAUUGAACCACCGAGAGUCAAUAUAUUACUGCGAAAUGACAACCUUGAAAAGAAAAACGAAAUAUAUUUUAACUGCAUGUACCAUAUACUUAUAUGAGUAUUUGAUCAUCAAAAUUAUAUUUUUCUUCUCUUUAUAUGUUGUAUGAAUACACGUCAAAAUAAUACUUUCGCAUAUUCAUUCAGUUUGUCAUAAAAAAUUGUGGAAAAGUAAGUACGAUUUUCAGACAAUCUGACCCUCCGGUCUCCUUAAACUCCAUCAACUUCUUGUCCAUUUGCUACACGGCAUUUUUACAACUAAUGCAUUAAUACUAGACAAUAACUGGACAACUGCGCACAUUUCUACCAGGGUUCUCUCGCGUGCCUUAUUCCUUUUCCUCUGUCGGUUAUGCCACUAGAUCGCAACCGGGGUGAAAUUAAUGCACCCAUGUCCCAUCUCUCUGCCCCGUCGGUUGCCGGGAAAAUUAACCGCGGUCAUCGUAUCUCUGGAGCGGCGCGUCGUCUCCUCGCGUCGGGAUUUCGUUAACUGUCUUCGAUCUCGCGAGAUACGCGAUCGCGAUCUCGCGACGUCCCCUCGGGCCUUUCACGCUGUCCAAGUAAUUCCGGGUGAAAUAUGUGUUGUUUUGAAUUUUCGGUCGCGCCACGUGAGAAUAGAAUUAAACAUAUGCGAAAGUGCACGCGUUAAUUUAAUAAUAGCGAAGCCCUGACAUCCAGUUUGAAAUCUUGCAGAUUUACAACUCCGCGAAACGCAAAUUCGCGAAUUGACUUUUUGCGUAAUAAUGACCGAUACACGUUUAGUUGUGAUACCAUAAUUACGAUAUUAAGUAUAAUUAUCUGCAAACAGCGAGUGCUCAUAAACGGAUGAGAAUAACAACGUUUGUUCGCAAAAUGAUUUUCGCAUCGCACUUGCCAUAAGCGCACCUUGAAUAAACUCCGACUCCCAAAAAAUGUACACACGCGCUCCUACAAACAAUGUCGAGAAUAUUGAGGCUAAAUCCCCCAUAUUUCAGAAUUUCGUACUUAUAUUUCCUCAGAUAACCAAUUGUGACUGACUGUACAAACAUGAUAGAAACAGCCUUCUUCUAUAUGUUAGUUCUCACAACGAUCUUAAUAUUGUGUUUUGAUUUUAAAUUGUCAAGAAAAUAAUUUUAAUAAAUCAAAUAUGUUAAAUCUUAGAUUUUCUGAAUCAGCUUGUAAGAAGCUGUAAAAAAUCUAAGACGUAGAAAAUAUGAGAGAAGAUAGAUUUCGAGCAUGGUUCUCAUUCACGAUGGAGAAUAUUAAUACAAAAUUUCGAAGGGCUCAAGAAUUUACUUUGCUACUACUAAAUUAGUUUUUUCUAUUUUUUUACUGUAAUAUUAUACCGAUUUUAAUGAAACUCGAGUAAAAACAUCUAUGUUCUAAAAGGAUGAUUUCGCGAUUUUGUAUCUAUUGUUCCUCUCAAGAUAAAUACUGAAGAAACUACAUGAACAACAUAUCCCUGGAGUUAUCUAGACUUGAUCUCAUGCUAAUUUCGCCUAUAACUGAGCUUGUGACAGAUCGCAUGUAUCAUCGAUGAAUCCGCGUGGUCGCGAUAACAGCUGCGUGAUAGCGAAUCGUUUCACGCGCUACGACCGAAAUGUCACGGAUGAUUAGAAAACGAUUAGACCAUCGAAAUACGCUUGUCGGUAAUAAAUUCAAACGCGUGUCGUUAUUAUCGUUCCGUCGUUAUGAAAAUAGGAUCUUGCUUUCACCGAGCGAAAACUCGGUUAUCGUCAAUCGCUUGGAGAAGCAACGUCCUUUAAUCUUGAGGAAGAAUGUCUUAUUUAUUAUUAGCAUAUCAGAAGCGUAGCAGAGAAGUUUAAAUAUACUUUUGUUUAUAUAUUUAGAAUCAUACGAAAAGAGGGAUAGAUGUUUAAGAACGAGAGAGGAAAGGAGAAGGCGAUAGAGUCAGCACAGAAAAAAAUUAGUAUUCACUUAACAAACUAAUAUACUUAAAUUAACAAUCAUUGUUUCAUGUAUAAGCAACAAUAUACAAUUUUGUCGAAACGAGAUUUCAAGUUUUUUUUUCAAGUUUUGAAUUUCGAUAUUGUUAUGUUUAUUUUAUUUGAAUAUUACAAUAGUCUCAUAAAAAUACAAUAUGAUUUUUUUGAUAAUAAUGAUAUAUAAAAUAUCUUUUUCCGACAUUUAAAAAUAUAAUUUUCAAUUCGAUAUUUGGUACUUUUCAUUCACGAACAUUACUUUUUUAAUAAUAAGAAUAUAAUUUUCUCUGUUGAAUCACAUAUAAGAUGUAUCGAUACAAGUAACUCACCUUUGUUUAACUCUAUGUAAUCUCAUAUUAAGAUUUACUUGUCAAAAGAGAAUAAUACUCUUAAAACAAGAAUGUUCCUUUUCUUAUGUAAAAAAUUUCGAAAUCUCCAAUAAUAAUUUUCCUCAAGAUGAAUCGAGACAUCGAUCUUCCUUUCUCUCUCUCUCUCUCUCUCUCUCUCUCUCUCUCUCUCUCUCUUUUGCCUCAUCGAGGAUGUCCUGCGAACAUAUCCGGCGAGAUCGGGAAAUCGAAUUUUCUGCGCGACGAAGCCCCCGCGGAUCGAAGCGACCAGCCGACUUUGCGAGGUCAUCGCACGCGAGGAGACUUUUAUCUUCCGGCUUAGCAGCGAGACAAACGGAAGAUUGGGGGAUCCUUUAACGCGCGUUUCGCCGGACAGAGAGUGGUGCGGAGGGUACAUUUGUAAGGGCUCCCACGGGGAUCGAUCUGUCGUGUUGUACUUCCUCUGGCUUCGAGAAAGUAUCGACAACGCGACGCGACGCGGCGCGCCGGCCGGCUCUCGUCUUCGAGACGAUUGAUAGCACGAGGAAGCUCAAGACACGCGUUUCCCGGCGCCGAUCUUGCCGCCGUAAUCGAGACGGGAUCUCAUGGAAGGGAAAGGUCGAGGGCGCGCGCCGUGAGUGCUUCUCUUUAGAAGCGGAAUUUAUUCCGGAAGUAAGAGUAUCUUUCGAAUAUUGUGUAGAUUGUUUUCAUUCUCCUCUCACGGAGAAAUCGUUGGUAAUUUCUAUAAUGAACAAACAAAAGAUGCUCAUUCUUUUGUAGAAAACUCGUCGAUGAUUUUCACAUAAAAAAAAAAAGAAAUUUAUGCUUUUGACUCACCCUUAGUUUUUGAUUAAAUUAAAUCGCGACUAAAUUUAUAUCGUAAUCGAAUAUAGAGAACGAAUAAAAAAGUUGCAGUCCUUGUUCUUCUCUCCAAAAAAUAGCGAUUUCUGUAUUAAAAAAAAAGAAAAAAAUUGGCAUUUUCGGCCGACUUUGAAUUGAAUCGCGAUUAAAUUUGUAUCACGAUUGAAAACUAACAAUGAAUAAAAAAAAUUGCAAGUCAUCCUUGUUCUUCUCUUUAAAAAUAAAUUAUCAGUGACAUCUGUGUAAAAAAUGAAAUUUGAUGGCUUUUUUAGUAUGAAAAAAUUUAAAUAAAAAUUUGUACCUUAUCCUCAUUUUUUUGAAACAAAUUGUUUGUGAUUUACAUAUUGAAAAUAAGAUUUAUGUUGUUGACCUAAGUUUUCAAUUGAAUUGAGUCGCGCUUGACUUUGCAUUACGACCGAGAACUGAUAACGAGUUCGCGACACGAUCUAUACGGAACGAACGACCCCUGAAACAUUCCCUGCGUCGUUUCUAUUUCGCGGAUACAGCGCGGCGCUUCAUCGCCGACAAUGGAACGAAUUGCGAAAGCGCUGAGUCAGUUGUCCCGCGGCUAAUUAACGAUGUCCAUUCCGCAGGGCGCACUUAAAGCCCAUCUACAAUGGCCGUAAGGCGUGGCAGCGUAAGAAAUGGGCCUUUAAAAAAGAUGACGGGCAGCAGUAACAACAAAAUGGGUCAGGGGGUGACGUCGGUCCGUGGUGAUGGCAGGAAGCACAUGGUUCAUUGGUUCCGCAAGGGGCUUAGGUUGCACGACAACCCUUCGUUAAGGGAGGGCCUGGCAGGCGCGUCCACUUUCCGGUGCGUCUUCGUGCUGGACCCCUGGUUCGCCGGAAGCACCAACGUCGGCAUCAAUAAGUGGAGGUUUCUGCUGCAGUGCCUGGAGGAUCUGGACUGCUCCCUGAGGAAACUCAAUUCUCGUCUGUUCGUGAUCCGAGGCCAGCCUGCCGACGCGUUGCCCAAGCUAUUCAAGGAGUGGGGCACGACGGACCUGACCUUCGAGGAGGACCCGGAGCCGUUUGGUCGCGUGCGAGAUCACAAUAUCUCGGCGCUCUGCAAGGAGCUCGGCAUCUCAGUGGUGCAGAGGAUCUCGCACACUCUCUACAAACUGGACGAGAUCAUAGAGAAAAAUGCUGCGAAAUCACCGUUGACCUACCAUCAAUUUCAAAACGUCGUGGCCAGCAUGGACCCGCCGGAAAUGCCGGUACCAACCGUGACUUCCGCCUGCAUCGGCAGCGCUUAUACUCCCCUCAAGGACGACCACGACGACCAUUACGGCGUGCCCACCCUCGAGGAACUCGGCUUCGACACGGAGGGUCUACUACCUCCAGUGUGGGUCGGCGGCGAGAGCGAGGCCCUGGCACGGCUUGAGCGUCAUCUUGAACGAAAGGCGUGGGUGGCGAGCUUCGGCAGGCCGAAGAUGACGCCGCAGUCCUUGCUGCCGAGUCAGACCGGGCUCUCGCCUUAUUUGCGAUUCGGAUGUCUCAGCACACGGUUGUUUUACUACCAGCUCACCGAUCUGUACAAGAAGAUAAAGAAAGCGGUGCCGCCGCUGUCGCUGCACGGCCAGCUUCUCUGGCGCGAGUUCUUUUACUGCGCCGCGACGAAGAACCCCAACUUCGACCGGAUGCAGGGCAACCCGAUUUGCGUGCAAAUACCGUGGGACAAGAACGUAGAGGCGCUGGCAAAGUGGGCAAACGGUCAAACGGGUUUUCCGUGGAUCGACGCGAUUAUGACUCAGCUACGGGAAGAAGGUUGGAUACAUCAUCUGGCCAGACACGCGGUGGCUUGUUUCUUGACUAGGGGCGACCUUUGGAUCUCGUGGGAAGAAGGAAUGAAGGUGUUCGAUGAGCUCCUCUUGGACGCCGAUUGGUCCGUCAAUGCCGGCAUGUGGAUGUGGCUAUCGUGUAGCUCGUUCUUCCAACAGUUCUUCCACUGCUACUGUCCAGUACGAUUCGGCAGAAAGGCGGACCCAAACGGUGAUUACAUCAGGCGUUACUUGCCGGUGCUGAAGAACUUCCCGACUAGAUACAUUCAUGAGCCGUGGAACGCGCCGCUCAGUAUACAGCAUGCGGCCAAGUGCAUCAUCGGCAAGGAGUACUCGCUACCGAUGGUGAACCACAGCAAAAGCUCGCGUAUCAAUAUCGAGCGGAUGAAGCAGGUUUACCAGCAGUUGAAUAAGUACCGCGGUAACGGAGCUUCGUUCAAAGGAGAAACUGUCGGCUUGUUGAACGCUUUGCUGGCGCCCUCGACGAAGGACACUAACGAAGAAAAGACGAAGCAGGAUUCGCCAAGUCAGGAGAACGAGCAGAAGAUGGAGACCAUCAGCAACCCCACAUCGCAGCAGCAACAACAGCAGCAACAACAGCAACAGCAGCCAUAACGACAGCCGUUGUAGCUAUUCAGUGGGUCCGCCAGCGUGUUGUGAUAACGUGGACGAAUCUUUUGUGAAUAUUGCCGGGAACAAUCGAAUUUGAAUGGAACUUUUCCAAUCGCGCUCGGAUCCCGUAUUUGCAAUUAUUUAUUCGACGAUGCAUAUGCGCCGAUGUGGGUACGUGCACGCUCGCGUCCCCAAUUGCGCGAUGAGAGUAUCUCUCUGCGAACAAUAAGCGAGCGCGCGCAUUGGAAUCAGCACUCUGGAGAACAACUCUGUUUAACGAAGCGCGUGGAUUCCAGUCGAAUUAACUUCUGAUUGACCACAGAAAAAUCCGUCGAUUACGCGCAGUACAAUACAGCCAGGUGCUUCUCUGAACAAUAAUUAUUAUGCGCGCUAUCAUCUCUGCACUUUGAUUUUAUUUCAUCCUGCGAUUCCGUCUAACUGAUUUUGAUCCUUCGAUAAGUAUAUAUCCUACGUUCGGUAGAUUUAAAUUUUAAUUCUGUGUAUAUAUAUAUAUAUAUAUAUAUAUAUAUAUAUAUAUAUAUAUAUAUAUAUAUAUAUAUUCAUAUUGAAAUAUAUUAACUGAAUAUAUUAGUCUUUACGAUAUCUCUUUUUAAGUACACUGUAAGCGACGAGUGUUAAUUGUAAAAAAAAGAAAAGCAGAGAACGAUGAGAUGUCAUGCUAUUUUCUUAACAUUCAUAGAACGUAAUCAAUGUCUUAUACAAAGAAAUAUUCGGAAGUAUUUCUCAACAAGUUUAAUGGGCUUUGAAUAUAUUAUAGAGCAGCUAAAAAUAGGAAACACGUGUCUUUUUUCAUAAGUGCUUCUCUACGCGGUUAGGAAUUCAAACAGCGUCUCGAAGGUAGUCCCCUAUACUUAAUCAUAAGAGGACAUCUCUGAAAUUGUGAAGUAUAUAUAUUGUAUAUACAUAUAAAAUAUAGUUUAUUGCAUACUUUUUUAUUAUAUAAUAGUUUAUUAUCUCUUCUCAUUAUUCAUCAUCGUUAUCGACAUUGUCAUCAUUGACAUUUUUAUUGCUACUCUGUAAUAUCUGACUAUUAUAUAUUCAAUAAACAUUUUUCUAUCAUUCAAAUAUA